AGCACAGCCAGCCCACCUCUAAGAUCUCUGAACAAAGUGUAAUUUUUUCCUACUAUACUCUUUUGUAUAACUUUUUGCAAGCUCGAAGGAAUUCUCAAUUCCAAUUGAGCGACACAAAACGUCGAGCUACUGUCACUGGAGUCCAGUGGAGUUCAUGAGCGUCGCCAACUCUCACCACAGGACGUUUCCCCCCGUUUCAAGGCGUCAAGCAAGCGAAGAACUGAAACAAGAGACGGGAAGCUGUACUGCAGUGUCCCCAUGACCCCCCAUCCGCUCGCUUCACGGCGCAAGCUAGCGAAACGGCCCCGGAUCACCAGAUUCCGGUAGUAGCUGACACCACCAAGCACGGCUUUCUGUUGGAGGUUUCAGUGUUGCAAGGAGCAGUUCAGUCAGUUCCAAAAGGAGUUAGCUCUUAGCUGCAAAGGGCUUUCUUUCAGCUGGAAAAUCGGCCUUUGAUCUACACGCAAAGCUUUAAUCCGGCUCUGUCACUAUGGGCAUUGUUUUUUUCUCGCAGUGGAUAAGAAAAGAAAGCCAUGCAGUUUGAGACUCUGAGUUCAUUAAUCCACGACUUUUUUUUCCUAUUCCAUGUCAUUUCGUGUCCAAUGCCCCUACUGGCUGUAUAAAUAGGAGGGCCACUGACAGCUGCAGCAGGGGUGCCACUCUCUCUCACUGUUCGAGCUCUCGUCAGCUGCAGUCUCUCAGGCGGCGACGGGUGUAGGAGAUGGACGGGGAGCAGGCGGCGCGGUGGGCGGCGGCGCAGGAGGGGUUGCCCGUCGGCGCGGACCUCGUCGCGGCGGCGCUGCGGCAGCUGGAGUUCCUCGCGGCGGUGGACCGCCGCCGGUGGCUCUACGAGGGCCCGCUGCUCAACCGGGCCAUACGCAGGUACAAAGCUUGUUGGCUUCCCCUUCUUGCAAAGCACACUCAGGCUCCUGUUGUGGAUGGACCCUUGGUUGCCCCUCUUGAUUGUGAGUGGAUCUGGCACUGCCAUCGCCUUAACCCGGUUCAGUACAUAAGGGACUGCAAGAAAGUAUAUGGCAGAAUACUGAACAAUGACAAUGUUGAGUCAUCCAUUGGAGCAAAAUCAAAGAUUCAGUCAGAGAAAGUUUGGAAAGAGUUGUAUCCUGAGGAGCCCUUCGAGUUAGAGUACACAGGUUCUCCUGAAACCACCAUGGAUGUGAACUCUGGAGCUACAGAGGGAAUUUCCUAUGAUUUAAUUUCAGCUGUUAAGAGACAAUCUUCUUUCUGUUAUCAGGUUGGAACGCCAACCAUGCAUGACCAGCGUUUUCUUGUUGAAGCGUUAGCUCGAUACAAGGGAUUUCUAUAUCUCAUCAAGAUGAAUCAAGAUAAAGGAGUGCAGCGAUUCCAUGUACCGACCUACGAUGUGGAUCUCAUGUGGCACACUCACCAGUUGCAUCAUGUUACUUACUGCAAAGAUAUGUUGAAGCUUCUUGGCAAAGUUCUGGAGCAUGAUGACACCGACGCUGAUAGAUCUGAAGGGAAGAAGCUUGAUGUCGGAUUUACAGAGACUACGGAACAGUUUGAGAGUAUCUUUGGUGCAAGAUACUGGAAGGCUGGAUGUAUGUACCGUGGCAACAUGCCGUCUCCUGUGACAUCCACUCCUCAAAUAUUCAAUACUGAGGUUGAUAAUGGAUCUGACAUCUGCAAAGCCCAGAAGGAUCUUAAUGUUCUGGACAUCACUUUUGUGGAGUUAUAUUUGCAAAUUGUGGACAUCAAGAAUUUACCAUCUUCUGUUCCAAAAGAAAAUGUGUAUGUAUGGUUCAACAAGAAUCAAUCAGAUAUGUUUAUCAGUGAUGGUGGCAGGUUGGAUAUUUCUACAGCUACAGGGAAGACUGGAGCUAGUUUGCAGUGUGAACCUACCGGAGAACUCAUCCUUACAGUAAUGGUUGAUCAGGCAUCUAAGAAACCGGAACCAAUCGGGAAGGUUUCUAUCCCACUGCAGCAUCUUACAGGGCCUGAUUCUAAGCUCUCCUUUGAAAGGUGGUUUGAACUGAAAGCUCAUGGUGGGCAUGCCACUUCCCCUCCUGUUAGUCUUCAUGUUGCAGCCUCUGCUACUGUCCCAUAUAGCGCCCAGAAGGUGUUUAGCAUGGUCAGGACGGAACCUUUCUCUCUCAAGUCCUGUCUUUUGCCACAUUCCAUCAAGGAUCAGAAGAUGGGCAGCUGGACUCGUUUCUUGUAUGAUUGUGGUACCGAGCUUAUCCGUCUUCAGAUAAGAGAGCAUAAGGUAAAGAAUGCCAUGGCUUGCAAGCGGGAAUUGGUUGGAGUACUGAAGUCGCGAAAGCAGCAGCUUCAGCUAGCAGAAUUCAGAGAAAAUAAGUGGACGCUGAAAAAUUCAAACCUGUCGAUCAGCGGUAGCACUGAUGGCAGUAUGCUCAACCUCAAAGGUGACAACCAACUGAUAAAACUCUACCAAGGAAGGAAACUCGAAUAUGAACGUAAGUGCUGCAAGUGUCACUCCGAGGAUGCCUCGGCUGUCACCGCUGUGAGGUUCUGUGCCGAGCACCCAUAUGGCAAAGCUGUGGCGUUGCUGGACACCGAAUCUCAGUUGAUCAUGGUGAAUGAGGAUGAGUUCUUACUUCCAUGGAUAACGAUAUCGUUCCUGUUCAUGGACGCCGACUGCCAAGAAGGUGUGGAACUCAUCAGUAGCCCAGUGGUUCAGAAGGCUGUAGUGUCCGGAUCUGACACAGCCAUAGUUUCAGAGACACAUACCCUUGACGCUAGGAGUGGGGCAGUGGCCCCUGUGCAAUGUGGCACGUGCAGCACGGAGUUGGGUGGUGAAAAGGUCACGGCAGGCUGCAAGACUGACCAUGCUAGCUCUGGUGCUUCCCCGGCAGCCGUUGCAAGUGGUGAGGAUGGCCACGCUGAGUCUGCUGGCUGUGGGAGCGGCUGUGGAGGUGGAAACUGUGGACCCAUGGUGGUUGAAGAUUACAAGGCCAAUGCCAAGACUGGAGGCUGUGGUUCUGGAUGUGGUAGUGGCUGCGGUGGUGGGGGAGGCUGUGGCACCUUGUUGAAAGCGAGCACCAUGACUGGUGAGGGUCAGGUCAGGUCCAAGUCGGGAGGCUGUGGCUCCGGCUGUGGUAGUGGAGGCGGCUGUGGCACUCUGUUGAACUCCAAAGCUACGGACAGGGAUAUCAUGGUCAUUGAAGGCUCCAAGGCAAGCCACAUCAAGUCUGGUGGAUGCGGUUCCGGCUGUGGAGGCAGUGGCUGUGGCACCCUGGUCAACUCCAGUGCUACGGCUGGCCAAGGCCUGGCCAAGUCAGCUGGCUGUGGUUCCGGUUGCGGUGGCGGUUGUGGCACCAUGGUCACUGAAGGCUCCAAGACCAGCCAUGCCAAGUCUAGCGGUUGUGGUUCUGGCUGUGGUGGUGGUUGCGGCACCCUAUUAAACUCUAGCACUACGGCUGGCCAAGCCAAAUCUGGUGGCUGUGGCUCUGGUUGUGGUGGCGGAGGCUGCAGCGCCAUGGUCACUGAAGGCUCCAAGGUCAGCCAUGUCAAGUCCAGCGGAUGUGGUUCUGGUUGCGGUGGUGGUUGUGGAGGAGGAGGCAGCUGCGGCGCCCUAUUCAACUCAAGCACUGCUGCCGGACAAGCCAAAUCCGGGGGCUGUGGCUCUGGCUGCGGCGGCGGAGGCUGCGGUGCCAAGGUUACUGAAGGAUCCAAGACCAGCCAUGCCAAGUCCAGUGGAUGUGGUUCUGGCUGUGGUGGCGGUUGCGGAGGAGGUGGCGGCUGCGGAACCCUAUUCAACUCUAGUACUGCAGCCGGCCAAGCCAAAUCUGGCGGCUGUGGCUCUGGCUGUGGCGGUGGAGGCUGCGGUAGUGGCGUCAUGGUAAUGGAGGGCUCCAAGAGCAACAUGUCUGGAGGCUGCGGCUCUGGCUGCGGCGGUGGUGGGUGCGGCGCUGGCAUCAUAUUCAACGCUAGCAGCACAAAGGCCGGCGGCGAGGACCACUCCAAGUCAGGCGGCUGUGGUUCAGGCUGUGGCGCCGGUUGCGGUGCCGUGUUCAAUGCAUGAUCCAAGCUCCUGGCCGGCUGUUGCGGCUUGGCUGGCUGUCCAGUCGCCGGCAAUCUCAGCUCUGGUAGCUCUUCCGUCGGGUCACUGCAGGAGUGAGCUUCCAAGAGGACAAAGAUGCACAACAUGACCGCGUGCAUUGGUGUGCGUUGAAAAUUGAGGUGUGUCUUGAGCUGUUGUAAGAUAAAUAAUCAAGUGAAUAAAUAAAUAUCUCACUCUGACGAGA